AUGGAUAUAAUUAUGGGACACUGUGUGGGGACACGACCUCCUCCUUCCUGCCUCAUCCUCCUUCUUCUCAAGCUCUUGGCCACCGUCUCCCAGGGGCUGCCAGGGACGGGGCCGCUGGGCUUUCACUUCACACACUCCACAUACAAUGCUACAGUCUAUGAGAAUUCCGCAGCACGGACCUACGUCAACAGCCAUAGUAGAAUGGGCAUCACCUUAGUAGAUCUCUCCUGGGACAUCAAGUACAGAAUAGUAUCUGGGGACGAAGAAGGCUUUUUCAAAGCAGAGGAAGUCAUCAUUGCCGACUUCUGUUUCCUCCGAAUAAGAACUAAGGGUGGGAAUUCUGCCAUUUUGAAUAGGGAAAUUCAGGACAGUUAUUUAUUGAUAGUAAAGGGUUCUGUCAGAGGAGAAGAUUUGGAAGCAUGGACCAAAGUGAAUAUUCAGGUUUUAGACACAAAUGAUCUGAGACCUCUGUUUUCUCCCACCACAUAUUCUGUUACAAUUGCAGAAAGCACACCACUAAGGACUAGCGUUGCUCAGGUGACAGCAACUGAUGCUGACAUUGGUUCUAACGGAGAAUUCUACUACUACUUUAAAAACAAAGUUGAUCUCUUUUCAGUUCACCCCACAAGUGGUAUCAUCUCCCUAAGUGGACGAUUAAAUUAUGAUGAGAAGAACAGGUAUGACCUGGAAAUUCUAGCUGUGGACCGAGGCAUGAAGCUCUAUGGCAACAACGGAGUGAGCAGUACCGCAAAGCUAUAUGUUCACAUUGAACGUAUAAAUGAACACGCCCCAACGAUCCAGGUCGUCACGCACAUUCCUUUUGCGUUGGAUAAAGAGCCGACAUAUGCAGUCGUGACAGUCGAUGACCUAGAUGAGGGGGCCAAUGGGGAGAUCGAAUCAGUUUCCAUCGUGGCUGGAGAUCCUUUAGAUCAGUUCUUCCUGGCAAAGGAAGGCAAGUGGAUGAAUGAAUACAAGAUCCGGGAGAGGAAGCAAGUUGACUGGGCUAGCUUUUCCCAUGGCUACAACCUCACACUUCAAGCAAAAGACAAAGGGUCACCCCAGAAGUUUUCAGCACUGAAGAUGGUCCACAUUGCCAACCCUAAAAGAGACAAUGUCCCAGUUCGAUUUGAAAAAGAGGUGUAUGAUGUCAACAUCAGUGAGUUUUCCCCUCCUGGUGUGGUGGUUGCUAUCGUAAAAUUAAGUCCUGAACCUCUCGAUGUGGAAUACAAAUUAUCUACCGGUGAAGAUGCGGAGUACUUCAGAAUCAAUCCUCGGACAGGUUUGAUUGUCACGGCGCAGCCCCUGAACACCAUUAGGAAGGAGGUUUACAAGCUGGAGGUGACAGACAAGGAAGGCGAUAUAAAAGCACAAGUUCUCAUUGGCAUAGAAGAUGCAAAUGACCACACCCCAGAAUUCCAGCAGGACUUCUAUGAUACUUUUGUGAAUGAAAGCAUCCCAGUAGGAACAAGCGUUCUGUCCGUGUCAGCUUCCGACAAGGAUAAAGGAGAAAAUGGAUAUAUCACUUAUAGUAUUGCCAGCCUGAAUUUGUUACCAUUUGCCAUUAACCAGUUUACAGGUGUCAUUAGCACAACUGCAGAAUUAGAUUUUGAAUCUUCUCCAGAAAUUUACCGAUUCAUCGUCAGAGCUUCUGACUGGGGUUCUCCAUACCGCCAUGAGAGUGAGGUAAAUGUAACCAUCCGAAUAGGAAAUGUCAAUGACAACAGCCCUCUCUUUGAAAAAGUAGCUUGCCAGGGAGUUAUUUCCUAUGACUUCCCAGUCGGGGGUCACAUCACAGCUGUGUCAGCCAUCGAUAUUGAUGAACUUGAACUUGUGAAGUACAAGAUCAUUUCUGGCAAUGAACUUGGUUUCUUCUACUUAAACCCAGACUCUGGUGUUUUACAGCUUAAAAAGUCACUGAUGAAUCCUGGCAUUAAAAAUGCCAAUUUUGCCCUGAGAAUCACAGCCACUGAUGGAGAGAAUUUUGCAGACCCCAUGGCUAUUAACAUUUCCGUCCUCCAUGGGAAGGUGUCUUCCAAGAGCUUCAGUUGCCGAGAAACUCGUGUGGCUCAGAAACUGGCAGAAAAGCUACUCCUUAAGGCCAAAGCAAAUGGGAAAUUGAAUCUGGAGGAUGGAUUUCUUGACUUUUAUUCAGUUAAUAGGCAAGGACCACACUUUGACAAGUCUUUUCCCUCUGAUAUGGCUGUGAAGGAAAAUCUGCCAGUCGGUGCUGACAUCUUGAAGAUCAAAGCCUAUGAUGCGGACUCUGGCUUUAAUGGAAAGGUGCUGUUUACAAUAUCUGAUGGGAACACCGAUAGUUGCUUUAAUAUUGAUAUGGAGACUGGGCAACUGAAGGUCCUUAUGCCCAUGGAUCGAGAGCACACAGACCUCUAUCUGCUGAAUAUCACCAUCUAUGACUUGGGUAAUCCACAGAAAUCUUCGUGGAGAUUGCUGACCAUCAAUGUAGAGGAUGCAAAUGAUAAUAGCCCCAUUUUUCUUCAAGAUAGCUACUCUGUUAACAUUCUGGAAAGUUCAAGUAUCGGCACAGAGAUUAUACAACUGGAAGCCAGAGACAAAGACCUGGGUUCCAAUGGUGAAGUGUCUUACUCAGUCUUGACAGAUACACAACAGUUUGCCAUCAACAGCUCAACUGGAGUCAUUUACAUAGCAGAUCAGUUGGACCGGGAAUCCAAAGCGAACUAUUCCUUGAAAAUAGAAGCCAGAGACAAGGCAGAAAAUGGUCAGCAGUUGUUUUCAGUUGUCACCCUUAAGGUUUUUCUGGAUGAUGUCAAUGACUGCUCCCCAGCUUUCAUUCCAAGCAGCUACAGUGUGAAGGUCCUUGAGGACCUUCCUGUGGGCACUGUCAUUGCUUGGUUGGAAACACAUGAUCCUGACCUCGGAUUGGGGGGUCAAGUGCGCUACUCUUUGGUCAAUGACUAUAAUGGGAGAUUUGAAAUAGAUAAAGCCAGUGGUGCCAUCCGCUUGAGCAAAGAGCUUGACUAUGAAAAGCAGCAGUUUUAUAAUCUUACAGUUCGGGCCAAGGACAAAGGACGGCCUGUCUCUUUGUCGUCUGUGUCCUUUGUGGAGGUGGAAGUUGUGGAUGUCAAUGAAAACCUUCACACCCCCUACUUUCCAGACUUUGCUGUUGUUGGAUCUGUAAAAGAAAACUCACGCAUUGGAACGAGUGUGCUGCAGGUGUCUGCCCGUGAUGAGGACUCUGGGAGGGACGGGGAGGUCCAGUACUCCAUCAGGGAUGGCAGCGGCCUCGGAAGGUUCAGUAUAGAUGAUGAGAGUGGGGUCAUCACUGCCGCAGACAUUCUUGACCGAGAAACAACAGGGUCCUACUGGCUGACUGUGUAUGCCACAGACAGGGGCGUUGUUCCUCUCUACUCCACCAUUGAGGUCUACAUUGAAAUUGAAGAUGUGAAUGACAAUGCCCCCCUGACCUCGGAACCAAUUUAUUAUCCUGUUGUCAUGGAAAACUCACCCAAGGAUGUAUCUGUCAUUCAGAUCCAAGCUGAAGACCCUGACUCCAUCUCCAAUGAAAAAUUGACAUACAGGAUUACAAGUGGGAAUCCACAGAAUUUUUUUGCCAUCAAUAUCAAAACAGGUCUGAUUACCACCACCUCAAGGAAAUUGGAUCGAGAACAGCAGGCAGAACAUUUUCUGGAGGUCACGGUGACAGAUGGUGGCUCUUCUCCAAAACAAUCAACCAUCUGGGUAGUGGUUCAGGUUCUGGAUGAAAAUGACAACAAGCCCCAGUUCCCUGAGAAGGUCUACCAGAUCAAGCUCCCAGAACGUGAUCGAAAGAAGAGGGGAGAACCUAUUUACAGGGCUUUUGCAUUUGACAGAGAUGAGGGCCCCAACGCAGAAAUCUCCUACAACAUCGUUGAUGGGAAUGAUGAUGGAAAAUUCUUUAUUGACCCUAAAACUGGCAUGGUUUCUUCCAGAAAGCAAUUUACAGCAGGAAGUUACGACAUCCUAACGAUCAAGGCUGUGGACAACGGCCGCCCACAGAAGUUCUCCACGGCUCGCCUGCACAUUGAGUGGAUUAAGAAACCACCCCCUUCACCUGUGCCGCUGACCUUCGAUGAGCCAUUUUAUAACUUCACAGUAAUGGAAAACGACAGAGUGACCGAGAUCGUGGGGGUAGUGUCGGUGCAGCCAGCUAACACCCCGUUGUGGUAUGACAUAGUUGGGGGGAAUUUUGACAGCUCUUUUGACGCAGAGAAGGGGGUCGGGACCAUUGUCAUUGCAAAGCCUUUGGAUGCUGAGCAGAGGUCUGUCUAUAACAUGACUGUGGAAGUCACCGACGGGACAAAUGUUGCUGUCACUCAGGUAUUUAUCAAAGUGCUGGACAAUAAUGAUAAUGGCCCAGAAUUCUCUCAACCAAAUUAUGAGGUGACAAUUUCUGAGGAUGUGCUUCCAGAUACAGAAAUACUGCAGAUUGAAGCCACCGAUCGAGAUGAGAAGCACAAGCUGAGCUACACUGUACACAGCAGCAUUGACUCCAUCAGCAUGAGAAAAUUCCGGAUCGACCCCACCACCGGCGUGCUGUAUACCGCGGAGAGGUUGGAUCACGAGGCCCAGGAGAAGCACAUCCUCAACGUAAUGGUCAGAGAUCAGGAGUUUCCUUAUCGAAGAAAUUUGGCCCGAGUCAUUGUGAAUGUGGAAGAUGCUAAUGAUCACAGCCCUUAUUUUACCAACCCACUGUACGAAGCAUCUGUGUUUGAAUCGGCUGCCUUGGGAUCAGCUGUUCUGCAAGUGACGGCUUUGGACAAAGACAAAGGGGAGAAUGCAGAACUCAUAUAUACCAUAGAAGCAGGGAAUACUGGGACCACAUUCAAGAUCGAGCCAGUCCUGGGCAUCAUCACUAUUUCCAGAGAACCAGACAUGACAACAAUGGGUCAGUUUGUGCUCUCAGUCAAAGUCACAGAUCAAGGUUCUCCACCAAUGUCUGCCACUGCAAUUGUGCGCAUUUCAGUCACCAUGUCUGAUAACUCUCACCCCAAGUUCACUCACAAAGACUACCAAGCCGAAGUAAAUGAGAAUGUUGAUAUUGGGACAUCAGUCAUCCUAAUCUCUGCCAUCAGUCAGUCAACCCUCAUUUAUGAAGUCAAAGAUGGAAAUACUGAUGGAAUCUUUACCAUCAAUCCAUACUCUGGAGUCAUCACCACUCGGAGGGCUCUGGAUUACGAGCACACCUCUUCUUAUCAGCUUAUCGUUCAGGCCACUAACAUGGCAGGAAUGGCGUCCAAUGCCACAGUCAAUAUUCAGAUUGUUGAUGAAAAUGAUAAUGCUCCAGUUUUUCUCUUUUCUCAAUACUCAGGCAGUCUAAGUGAGGCAGCCCCAGUCAAUAGCAUUGUCAGGAGCUUGGAUAACAGCCCACUGGUGAUUCGAGCCACUGAUGCUGAUAGUAACCAGAACGCACUGCUUGUGUAUCAAAUUGUGGAGUCCACGGCCAAGAAAUUUUUCACAGUAGACUCCAGCACAGGUGCAAUCCGAACAAUUGCAAACCUAGACCAUGAGACCAUUGCCCACUUCCAUUUUCAUGUGCAUGUGAGAGACAGCGGGAGCCCCCAGCUGACUGCAGAGAGCCCUGUUGAAGUCAACAUUGAGGUGACAGAUGUGAAUGAUAACCCACCUGUUUUCACUCAAGCUGUGUUUGAGACCAUCUUACUUCUCCCUACCUAUGUUGGAGUGGAGGUUCUGAAAGUUAGUGCCACGGAUCCUGACUCUGAAGUGCCCCCUGAACUGGCAUACAGCUUAAUGGAAGGCAGCUUGGAUCAUUUUUUAAUUGACUCAAACAGUGGAGUACUCACCAUAAAAAACAACAACCUUUCCAAAGAUCACUAUAUGCUGAUAGUUAAAGUGUCUGAUGGAAAGUUCUACAGCACAGCCAUGGUCACCAUCAUGGUUAAAGAGGCCAUGGACAGUGGCCUCCACUUUACACAAAGCUUUUACUCCACCUCAAUCUUAGAGAACAAUAAUAACAUAACCAAAGUUGCUAUUGUCAAUGCAGUUGGAAACCGCCUUAAUGAGCCCUUAAAAUAUAGCAUUUUAAACCCAGGAAAUAAAUUCAAGAUAAAAUCUACCUCAGGAGUCAUUCAGACCACUGGAGUUCCCUUUGACCGCGAAGAACAAGAAUUAUAUGAGUUGGUAGUAGAAACCAGCCGUGAGCUAGACCAUCUACGUGUGGCUAGAGUGGUGGUCAGGGUUAACAUUGAAGACAUAAAUGACAAUUCUCCAGUAUUUGUGGGUCUCCCUUACUAUGCUGCUGUACAAGUUGAUGCUGAGCCCGGGACUCUGAUAUACCGGGUGACAGCCAUCGACAGAGAUCAAGGUGCAAAUGGAGAAGUGACCUAUGUCCUGCAGGAUGAUUAUGGUCACUUUGAAAUUAACCCUAAUUCAGGGAAUGUUAUUUUAAAAGAAGCAUUCAACUCUGACUUGUCCAACAUUGAAUAUGAAGUCACUGUCGUAGCCAAAGAUGGUGGAAAACCCUCUUUGUCCACAUCUGUGGAACUUCCCAUCACUAUUGUCAACAAAGCAAUGCCGGUGUUUGAUAAGCCAUUUUAUACAGCAUCUGUCAGCGAAGACAUUAGAAUGGACACACCCAUUCUGAGCAUCAAUGCAACCAGCCCAGAAGGUCAAGGCAUCAUAUAUAUUAUUAUUGAUGGGGAUCCUUUGAAGCAGUUCAACAUUGAUUUUGAUACUGGAGUCCUGAAAGUUGUUAGUCCUUUAGAUUAUGAAGUUACAUCCAUUUACAAGUUGACAGUAAGAGCCAGCGAUGCCCUCACUGGUGCUAGGGCUGAAGUCACUGUUGACUUGCUAGUUAAUGAUAUCAAUGACAACCCUCCCAUUUUUGAUCAGCCCACAUACAACACAACAUUAUCAGAAGCAUCUCUCAUUGGUACACCUGUUCUGCAAGUUGUCUCUUUUGACAUAGAUUCAGGAAACAAUAAAAUGGUGCACUACCAGAUUGCACAGGAUACCUACAACAGCACGGAUUAUUUUCACAUAGACAGCUCAAGCGGCUUAAUCCUGACCGCAAGGAUGCUGGACCAUGAGUUAGUGCAGUACUGCACUUUGAAAGUCAGAGCGAUAGAUAAUGGUUUUCCGUCCCUGAGCAGCGAGGUUCUGGUUCAUAUCCACAUUUCUGACGUAAAUGACAACCCUCCAGUUUUUCAUCAACUCAUUUACGAGUCAUAUGUGAGCGAAUUAGCUCCCCGGGGUCAUUUUGUAACCUGUGUACAAGCCUCAGAUGCAGACAGCUCUGACUUUGAUCGGUUAGAAUAUAGCAUUUUGUCGGGGAAUGACCGGACAAGCUUCCUGAUGGACAGCAAGAGCGGCGUCAUCACCCUGUCUAAUCACCGAAAACAAAGGAUGGAGCCCCUGUACAGUCUCAAUGUAUCUGUUUCUGAUGGGUUGUUCACCAGUACUGCACAGGUGCAUAUCCGGGUACUCGGCGCUAACCUGUACAGCCCCGCCUUUUCCCAGAGCACGUAUGUGGCUGAGGUGAGAGAGAAUGCAGCGGCUGGCACUAAGGUAAUCCAUAUUCGAGCCACCGAUGGAGACCCGGGAACAUAUGGGCAGAUCAGCUAUGCCAUCAUCAAUGAUUUUGCCAAGGAUCGCUUUCUCAUAGAUAGCAAUGGCCAAGUCAUCACCACUGAACGGCUAGACCGGGAAAACCCCCUGGAAGGUGAUAUUAGUAUUUUCUUGAGGGCCCUGGAUGGUGGAGGAAGGACAACUUUCUGCACUGUGAGGGUGAUUGUUGUGGAUGAAAAUGACAAUGCACCCCAGUUCAUGACGGUAGAAUACAGAGCCAGUGUAAGGGCAGAUGUGGGAAGGGGCCAUUUGGUCACUCAAGUUCAAGCAAUGGAUCCAGACGAUGGAGCCAAUUCAAGGAUUACUUACUCCCUCUAUAGUGAAGCCUCUGUCUCAGUGGCUGACCUCCUGGAGAUUGAUCCUGACAAUGGAUGGAUGGUCACAAAGGGCAAUUUUAACCAGCUGAAAAAUACAGUGCUGUCGUUCUUUGUCAAAGCAGUUGACGGGGGCAUUCCGGUAAAGCAUGCCCUCAUUCCUGUCUAUAUCCACGUCUUGCCCCCUGAAACAUUUUUGCCUUCAUUCACCCAGUCUCAGUAUUCCUUUACCAUUGCAGAAGACGCAGCCAUCGGAAGCACGGUGGACACCCUGAGGAUUUUACCCAGCCAGCACGUCCGCUUCAGCACAGUGAAUGGUGAACGGCCAGAGAAUAACAAAGGGAAUGUUUUUAUUGUAGAACAGGAAACAGGCACUAUCAAACUUGACAAGCGCCUUGACCAUGAAAUUAGCCCAGCUUUCCACUUUAAGGUAGCAGCCACUAUCCCCCUGGACAAGGUAGACAUUGUGUUUACUGUGGAUGUAGAUAUCAAGGUGUUGGACUUGAAUGACAACAAACCAGUCUUUGAAACUUCAAGCUAUGAGACCAUCAUAAUGGAAGGAAUGCCUGUUGGAACGAAGCUCACGCAGGUGAGAGCUGUCGACAUGGACUGGGGAGCCAAUGGGCAGGUCACAUAUGCCCUCCACUCAGACUCCCAUCCUGAAAAAGUAAUGGAAGCAUUCAAUAUUGACAGCAACACAGGCUGGAUCAGCACCUUGAAGGACCUAGACCAUGAGACAGACCCUGCUUUUUCCUUCUCUGUGGUGGCCUCAGACCUAGGAGAGGCAUUCUCUCUUUCGUCCAUGGCUCUGGUCUCUGUCAGGGUGACGGAUAUAAAUGACAAUGCACCAGUUUUUGCCCAUGAGGUGUACCAAGGGAAUGUGAAGGAGAGUGACCCUCCAGGAGAGGUGGUGGCCGUGCUCAGCACAUGGGACAGAGACACUUCUGACAUCAAUCGCCAAGUGAGCUACCAUAUUACAGGAGGAAACCCCCGAGGAAGGUUUGCUCUGGGCCUGGUGCAGAGUGAGUGGAAGGUCUAUGUGAAGAGACCUCUAGAUAGAGAAGAGCAAGACAUUUACUUCCUCAAUAUCACUGCCACUGAUGGGCUCUUUGUCACACAGGCCAUGGUGGAAGUGACAGUCAGUGAUGUAAAUGACAACAGCCCUGUGUGUGAUCAGGUUGCAUAUACAGCAUCAUUUCCUGAAGACAUUCCAUCCAAUAAAGUUAUCCUGAAGGUCAGCGCCAAGGAUGCUGAUAUUGGAUCCAAUGGAGACAUCCGGUACUCGCUGUAUGGAUCUGGAAGCAGUGAAUUUUUUCUAGAUCCAGAAAGUGGUGAGUUAAAAACUUUGGCUCUAUUGGACCGAGAGCGGGUUCCAGUGUACAACCUGAUUGCAAGGGCCACUGAUGGGGGUGGCAGAUUCUGCCAGUCUGAUGUCCACCUGAUGCUGGAGGAUGUGAAUGACAACCCCCCUGUGUUCUCCUCGGACCACUACAAUGCCUGUGUCUAUGAGAACACCGCCACCAAGGCUCUGCUGACCAGAGUGCAAGCUGUGGACCCUGAUGUUGGCAUCAACAGGAAUGUGGUGUAUUCUCUGGCAUUCUCGGCCAAUGGCUUCUUCUCCAUCGACAGCUCUUCCGGAAUCAUCACCUUGGAGCAGCCGCUGGACCGAGAGCAGCAGUCUUCCUACAACAUCAGUGUGCAAGCCACCGACCAGAGUCCUGGACAAUCUCUAUCAUCUAUUGCUACCAUUACUAUCACUGUCCUGGACAUCAAUGAUAACCCACCUGUGUUUGAGAGGAGGGACUACCUGGUGACAGUGCCUGAGGACACCUCUCCUGGCACCCAAGUUCUGGCUGUUUUUGCCACCAGUAAAGAUAUUGGCACAAAUGCUGAGAUUACAUAUCUUAUCCGGUCUGGAAAUGAACAGGGAAAAUUUAGGAUCAAUCCAAAGACAGGAGGUAUUUCUGUGUCUGAAGCCCUGGACUAUGAGUCAUGCAAAACAUUUUUCCUGGUUGUGGAAGCUAAAGACGGGGGAACCCCAGCUCUCAGUGCUGCAGCCACUGUCAGCAUCAACCUCACAGAUGUGAAUGACAACCCUCCCAGGUUCAGCCAGGAUGUCUACAGUGCUGUCAUCAGUGAAGAUGCCUUGGUGGGGGAUGCUGUCAUUUUGCUAAUCGCAGAAGAUGUAGACAGCCAGCCUAAUGGACAGAUCCAUUUUUCCAUUGUGAGUGGAGAUCGAGACAAUGAAUUUGCUGUGGAUCCUGUCUUGGGACUUGUGAAGGUUAAGAAGAAAUUGGACCGGGAACGGGUGUCUGGGUACUCCCUAAUUGUCCAAGCAGUAGACUGUGGAAUCCCUGCAAUGUCAUCAACUGCAACUGUCAACAUUGAUAUUUCUGAUGUGAAUGACAACAGCCCGGUGUUUACACCUUCCAACUACACUGCUGUGAUUCAGGAAAAUAAGCCAGUGGGGACCAGCAUCUUGCAGCUGGUGGUGACAGACAGAGAUUCCUUUCACAAUGGGCCUCCCUUUUCAUUCUCUAUUUUGUCGGGAAAUGAAGAGGAGGAGUUUGUGCUGGAUUCUCAUGGGAUCCUCCGGUCAGCAGUGGUUUUCCGGCACAUGGAUUCUCCAGAAUAUGUGCUGUGUGUCCAGGCAAAGGAUUCAGGCAAACCCCAGCAAGUUUCUCACUCCUAUAUCCGUGUGAGGGUCAUUGAGGAAAGUAUCCACAAGCCCACAGCCAUCCCCUUGGAAAUCUUCAUUGUCACCAUGGAGGAUGACUUUCCUGGUGGGGUUAUUGGAAAAAUCCAUGCCACAGAUCAAGAUAUAUAUGAUGUGCUCACAUUUGCCCUGAAAUCAGAGCAGAAAAGCUUAUUCAAAGUGAACAGUCAUGACGGGAAGAUCAUUGCCCUGGGAGGCCUGGACAGUGGCCAGUACGUCCUGAACGUAUCUGUGAGUGAUGGCCGCUUCCAGGUGCCCAUUGACGUGGUUGUGCAUGUGGAGCAGCUGGUGCACGAGAUGCUGCAGAAUACUGUCACCAUCCGCUUUGAAAACGUGUCCCCCGAGGAUUUUGUGGGUCUGCACAUGCAUGGGUUCCGGCGCACGCUGAGGAAUGCAGUCCUCACGCAGAAGCAGGACCGCCUGCAUAUCAUCAGCAUCCAGCCUGUGGCAGGCACCACCCAGCUGGACAUGCUCUUCGCUGUGGAGAUGCACAACAGUGAGUUCUACAAGCCGGCCUACCUGAUCCAGAAGCUGUCCAGUGCCAGGCGGCUCCUGGAGAGCGUCAUCCGCAUCACGGCCAUCCUGGAGAAGAACUGCUCGGGGCUGGACUGUCAGGAGCAUCACUGUGAGCAAGGCUUGUCACUGGAUUCCCAUGCACUCAUGACCUACAGCACGGCUCGCAUCAGCUUUGUGUGUCCACGUUUUUACAGGAAUGUGCGUUGCACUUGUAAUGGUGGACUGUGCCCAGGGUCCAAUGAUCCUUGUGUGGAGAAGCCGUGCCCAGGGGACAUGCAGUGCAUCGGCUAUGAAGCCAGCAGGAGACUGUUUCUCUGCCAGUGUCCACCAGGGAAGCUCGGAGAGUGUUCAGGACACACUUCUCUUAGCUUUGCUGGAAACAGUUAUAUCAAAUAUCGUCUUUCCGAAAAUAGCAAAGAAGAAGACUUCAAGUUAGCUCUCCGCCUGAGAACCCUGCAAAGCAACGGAAUUAUAAUGUACACCAGAGCAAAUCCCUGCAUCAUUCUGAAGGUUGUGGACGGCAAGCUGUGGUUCCAACUGGACUGCGGUAGUGGCCCCGGAAUCUUGGGCAUCUCUGGGCGCACGGUCAACGACGGGAGCUGGCACUCGGUCUUCCUGGAGCUCAAUCGCAAUUUCACGAGCCUGUCCCUCGACGACAGCUACGUGGAGCGGCGCAGGGCGCCCCUGUACUUCCAGACACUGAGCACCGAGAGCACCAUCUACUUUGGGGCCCUGGUACAGGCGGACAACAUUCGCAGCCUGACCGACACGCGGGUCACGCAGGUGCUCAGCGGGUUCCAGGGCUGCCUGGACUCGGUGGUGCUGAACAACAAGGAGCUGCCGCUGCAGAACAAGCGCAGCAGCUUCGCCGAGGUCGUGGGGCUGACCGAGCUGAAGCUGGGCUGCGUGCUGUACCCCGACGCGUGCCAGCGCAGUCCCUGUUUGCACGGAGGCAGCUGCUCCAGCCUGCCUUCAGGGGGCUAUCAGUGUACCUGUCUCUCACAGUUCACCGGGAGAAACUGUGAAUCCGAGAUCACAGCCUGCUUCCCAAACCCCUGCCGGAAUGGAGGAACUUGUGACCCGAUAGGAAACACUUUCAUCUGCAGCUGUAAAGCCGGGCUCACGGGAGUCACGUGUGAGGAGGACGUCAACGAGUGCGAGCGGGAGGAGUGCGAGAACGGGGGUGCGUGCGUGAACGUGUUUGGCUCCUUCCUGUGCAACUGCACGCCCGGCUACGUGGGCCAGCUCUGCGGGCUGCGGCCGGUGGUGGUGCCCAACAUCCAGGCGGGCCACGCCUACGUGGGCAAGGAGGAGCUGGUGGGCAUCGCUGCAGUGCUCUGCAUCAUCCUCAUCCUGGUGGUGCUCUUCGUGGUCUUCCGCAAGAAGGUCUUCCGCAAGCACUACUCCCGCAACGACGUCACGCUGGUGCAGGACCCCGCCACGGCCGCGCUGCUGCACAAGAGCAAUGGCAUCCCCUUCCGCAGCCUGCGUGGGGGCACAGUCCGCAACGUCUACCAGGAGGUGGGGCCCCCGCAGGUGCCCGUGCGCCCCAUGGCCUACACGCCCUGCUUCCAGAGUGACUCCAGGAGCAACCUGGACAAGCUCGUGGACGGACUGGGUGGCGAGCACCAGGAGAUGAGCACAUUCCACCCUGAGUCCCCACGCAUCCUGACCGCCCGGCGGGGCGUGGUGGUGUGCAGCGUGGCCCCCAACCUCCCAGCCGUGUCGCCCUGCCGCUCGGACUGUGACUCCAUCCGGAAGAACGGCUGGGAUGCGGGAACUGAGAACAAAGGAGCUGAUGACCCCGGAGAAGUGACCUGUUUUUCAGGCAGUAACAAAGGCAGCACCUCUGAAGUACAGUCCCUCAGCUCCUUCCAGUCGGAUUCUGGAGACGACAAUGCCUAUCACUGGGACACCUCAGACUGGAUGCCAGGGGCGCGCCUGUCGGACAUAGAGGAAGUGCCCAACUACGAAAACCAGGAUGGAGGAUCUGCACACCAGGGCAGCACCCGAGAGCUGGAGAGCGAUUACUACCUGGGGGGCUAUGACAUUGACAGCGAGUACCCACCUCCUCACGAGGAAGAGUUCUUGAGUCAGGACCAGCUGCCCCCUCCCCUGCCUGAAGACUUCCCAGACCAAUAUGAGGCCCUGCCCCCCUCCCAGCCUGUCUCCCUGGCCAGCACACUGAGCCCAGACUGCAGGAGAAGGCCCCAGUUCCACCCUAGCCAGUACCUCCCUCCGCACCCAUUCCCCAACGAAACAGAUUUGGUGGCCCCGCCUGCCAGCUGUGAAUUUAGUACUUUUGCUGUGAGCAUGAGCCAAGGCACAGAGGCUAUAGGCCCAGCGGACAGCGUGUCUCUAUCCUUGCACAAUUCCAGAGGCGCCUCAUCCUCAGAUGUGUCGGCCACCUGCGGCUUCGAUGAUUCCGAAGUGGCCAUGAGUGACUAUGAGAGCGUGGGAGAGCCCAGCCUCGCCGGCCUUCACAUACCCUUUGCAGAGACUCAGCACCAGACCCAAGUGUAGAGGACGUGCCACAGGCUCUUUGUCCUGCUUGUCCUGGAAGAAGUGGAAGGGAAUUAGCUGGGCUUGUGUCCCAAUGGAGAAUAUUCUGUGGAAGUACGGUAUUUUCCUCAAAGAACUUCUUCACAAGUAACAGUAUUCACAAGCAAGCUUGUCCCAACUGGGUAAGAAAGAGAGGCUCAAAAAUUGUUUCUGAGAGGGACCAGUUACUCUGGCAGGAGGUACCUGCACUCAUGGCUAAGAAUGCCAAGAAGAGCAGGAAGUGAGUUCACACACCACUUUAAACAGCAGAUCUUGUAUGGCUUUGUGCAGUAUUGUACCCUAGGAAGUGGGAUCACGUCGGCCCUUGCAGUAUUAAUAGCUGGCAACAAUCAGGGAAGUAUUGUUGCAUGUCAUUUUGAGCCAAUGGAAUGAAAAUAGAAAAUGGAAAUAGUAGUGAUGGUUGUUGUAAAAGUUAGUAUCUUAGAUGAUGAAAGAGAAGCAAAUAUCAAAUGAGGAAAUGGGCUAAAGCCUUUAAAAUCAACUCUAUUUUUUUAAUCAGCUGCCCAGCUUUCAGCUAUAAAAUUAGGUUUGAGUAACAUGUUUAGUAUGCUAAGUUUUUUUGUUGUUGUUUGUGUUAAGCAUCCAAUAUGGUAUAGUUGGGUUUUAUGAUCUUUGAGGAUAUUAUCAGUGAAGAGCUUGGGUUCCAGCUUGUGGGGUGGGGAGGUUAAUGUUAGGCAAGCAGAAAGAGGUGGUUAUCUGGCUUUGUGUUUUCUGGUACAGGUUUCCAGCCAUUGCUGUAAUUCUAACUUGGCCCCACGGAUUGGCUUCUCUUACUAGAUUGUUCUCCAGAACGCGAUUCAGAACUUUAAGCAAAAUUCACAAAUUCAGAGUAAAAAGAAAAUACCAUCCUUUCGAAGUUUCCAGCCAGAAUAAUCACAGUUCUUCAGAAUGCAGAUAAAAAGGGACAUGUUAUUCUAAAUUUGUAGUAUCAUCAUUAUAAAAUAACUCCAUUUUU